AACGAAGGAAGGACACGUUGUUAUUGGAAAUACACCUUCGCGCGCCAAUCUCAAUGUCCCACGCGCACAACGGCGCUGCGCUCAUUGCGACGUCGACCUUUUCUCUGCUCCAGUCAUUGUUUUUGCCCCACCCUUGGAUCACUCAAUAUUAUUAAACCCAAAGGCUCUUUUAAGAGCCAACCUCUGUCUGUCAUUCUGUCUGUCUGUCCUUCCGCCCACCCAUCCAUCCUUCUCUUUCAUACUCCUGCCUAUCUGUCAGUCUCUCACUCUCUUGUUUUCUGUCAGUCUCUCACUCUCUUGUCUGUCUGUCAGUCUCUCACACUCUUGCUAUCCAUCUCUCACGCUCUUGUCUAUUUCAUCCAUGGCUUCCAACAUGGACCACAUCCGCGACCACACUUAUGGAAUGCGCAUUGGACAUGCUUUCAACAAUGAAGCUGUCUUGACUGGAGAUAUGUUGGACCAGGCCUAUCAGGAGGGGAGGUGCAUUGCACUUGCUCUGAGGCAUGAAAUUGAUUAUGCUGAAGACGUGGAUGAGCACUUACUGGACGAGGCCUACCAGGAGGGGAGGGGCAUAGCACUCCAUGUGAAGCACGAUGCUGUCCCAACUGAAGCCAGGUCUUACAAGAAUUGCCACACACAGAAUGCGCAAAGAAAGGUCACUCAGCCGAUAAAAAGGGACCAUGCAGGACGAGGCAAGCCAAGAGGGAGAUGUGGAGGACGGCGUCGAGCCUCAACUGCUGUCGCAUGCCCUGGUACGGAGGACUCCCAGGCCACGACUACUACAGGGAAUUCCCAGCCAAGAGCGUUUGCUCAAGAAGAAUUUGACCGAAACAUGGAGAGGCUGUCAAUGACUUCUGGGUCAUUCCAUACUGAUGUGCCUGCUGUGCCUCUGCAAAGCUCCUCGUCUUGGUCCUUGCGUCAGCUGACAGCCCAAGAACAGUGGAAGGAAGCUCGGCCAGACCACCUCCAAUAUCUACUGGCAACUGAGGCUGUUGGCCAGGAGUUGUGCUCUAUCUGCCAUCAGGCUGCUGUUAUAAGGUGCAGAGACUGCCUUCCCGAGGAGUGGUUGUGUGAGGCCUGUGAUGUGUUGCACCAUAAAAGAUGGCCACUCCACAACAGAGACAGCGUGGUGGAUGGCUUCCUCAAGGCCAUCCCACCAUCCACAUGCUAUACUAAAGGGGAAACUGGACACUACAUCUCACACAAGCAAGGCAGAGAAGUCAUCCUUAUCACCAUAAACGGUAAAGAGUUGUCCUUUUAUACUUCAUAUCUGUUAGCAUAA